GUGAGGCAGCAUCUGUGUGAGUCUCUGUGAGAGGAAAGCCGAGUCCGGGCUGGAGCUGGAUCUCCUUCUGCAAGUUUGGAAAGGCUUGGAUUUCUGGUUUCAGCCAUGAAAGUUCAGAGGCUGGGUUAGUGGGGAUCUGUGAGGGACGGGGGAGAAGGAACGGAGCCAUGCAAGUGGAUGCUGUGGAGUCAGAUUACACACAAUGAAAGAGAACUCCAGGAGAACCUCAUCACGGCUCAGCCUGCACAGAGAGGAUGCCGGCUGCUAGCACCAUGACUGGAGGGAGAGCCCUGCUGCUCUGUACUGACACCAACAACUGCAUCUACCAAUCAGUCAACGGGCUCCAGUGCUGUGGCUUAAAAGUCGGGGAGUCUCCAUCCACUGUGGUGCCUCAGCGCCCCCAGGUGUGUGGGCUACCAAGGGACGGCGAACUGAGGGAGCCCACCAGGCGUCCCGCCUCUCCCCCACCACGGAGUCCCCCUCCGUCGGGCAUCAUGCUGACUCACAGGAAGCCCACCGCCUCCACCACCAAGGACCCUCGAUCGGCAAAGAUGGAGAACGGAUUGAGCGGAAAGAUGAGCCAGGGCCAGGCUGGUGUGAAGACGGCCAGCAUCCGGGACAAGAUCUCCCAGUGGGAGGGCAAGAAAGAGCUGACGAGCCCCGUCAGCGCCUCACAGAAGGAGACGGACCAUUUAAAGAAGAAGGACGUCAAAGCUUCAGAGGUCCAGAGAACGGACAGUAAGAGAUUUGUUAGCUGGGACAGACAAGACUCGGGGAAGGAGAAUGAAGGGAAGUUUGUGGACAUCAGGACAAAACCUAACCUAGAAGGCAACAAGGAGCUGAUCCUGGAGAGAGGGCUCCGAGAGUCUCCAUCAGAACUACCCCAGGACAAGAAGAGUGUUCUAACUGUGGUGAAGAAACUGGAGAGGGCCACCAAGGAUGUUCCUGACAGGCCGUCGCUGGCCUUUCCCGGGAACUACUACUCUCCUCCUUCCAAAGAGGAGCUGGAGGAAAGCGAGAAGAGGGGCAGCGAGCCCAUUUUCGGAACCUUCGACACCACUCAGCCAGCUGGAUUACGUCGGAGGAGGGAUGGAGAUCCGGAGAACGUGUACAGCGAGCCCGGCGCUCCUUCCAUCAACCCUCUACCUAAACCUCUGCGGACCUUCCAGCACCACACGCCGCCAACCUCUCCCGUCUCAGGACCCGGUUCCGGAAAAGGGAAAAGGACCUUGCCCCCUUUGCCCUCGAUUCCUCCCCCACCUUUACCCACAUGCCCGCCCCCGGGGGUCUGCAGGAGACCCUGGACCGACCGGCCGAGAGACAACAGCAACAGGAAGUCCUACGAAUUCGAGGACCUGCUCCAGUCGUCCACGGACAGCAGCAGGGUGGACUGGUACGCUCAGUCCAGACUCGGCCUCGCUCGCACUUUAUCGGAGGAGAACGUCUAUGAAGACAUCGAAGACCCGCCCUCUAAAGAGAACCCCUAUGAGGACAUCGAGCUGGAGAGGAGCUGCCUGGGCGGCAAGCGCGUGUCCCCCGCUCCUGACACGCCCACGAAGCUCUCCUCCAAACCCAGCUUCUUCAGGCAGAACUCGGAGCGGCGUAGCUUCAAACUUCUGGAGCUGAGAAAAACCGGCAGAGACGGCGGAGUCUCCUCACCGUCCCGCGUCAGUCCGCCCUCUUCCCCCAGCAGCCCCGACGACACGCCGUGUCUCUCCGGCGACCCCUAUAACCGCAGACGCCGGAAAAUACCCAAAAUGGUGAUCAAGAUCAACUGCAUCUUCGAGGUGCGGAGAGGGAAGAAGCGGAUGAAGCGGGUUUCUCAGUCCACAGAGUCCAGCUCAGGGAGAGACGAGAACAGCGAGUCUGAAAGUGACACGGAGGAGAAGCUGCAAGCUCACAGCCAGCGCCUGGUGUCGGUCCAGUCCAUGCUGAGGCAGGCGGGCCGCUACAGGACGUUAGAGAGGGACCUGAUGGAGCUGCAGGAGAGGAAGCUCUUUGAGUAUUUCAUCGUGGUCGCGCUGCACAAAACCAAAGCCGGCGUCCCGUACCUGCCCGAGGUCACGCAGCAGUUUCCCCUCAAGCUUGAACGAAGCUUCAAGUUCAUGCGAGAGACGGAGGACCAGCUGAAGGUCAUCCCUCAGUUCUGCUUCCCGGACGCCAAAGACUGGGCGCCGGUGGACAACUUCCCCAGUGAGACGUUUUCCUUUGUUUUGACCGGGGAGGAUGGAAGCCGGAGGUUCGGCUACUGUCGCCGCCUGCUGCCCAGCGGAAAGGGCCGCCGACUCCCCGAGGUCUACUGCAUCGUGAGCCGCCUGGGCUGCUUCGACCUCUUCUCCAAGAUCCUGGACGAGGUGGAGAAGAGACGGGCCAUCUCCCCCGCGCUGGUGCAGCCCUUCAUGAGAGGAAUCAUGGAGGCGCCGUUUCCCGCUCCGGGCCGGACCAUCACCGUCAAGAACUUCCUCCCUGGAUCUGGUACUGAGGUGAUAGAGCUGUGCCGUCCGUCCGACUCCCGACUGGAACACGUGGACUUUGAAUGUCUCUUCUCCUCCCUGAGUCUGCGUCUGCUCCUCCGAGUCUUUGCUUCUCUGCUCUUGGAACGUCGAGUCAUCUUCACCGCCGACAAGCUCAGCACCCUGUCCCAGUGCUGCCACGCCGUGGUGGCGCUCCUCUACCCGUUCACCUGGCAGCACACCUACAUCCCCGUCCUGCCGCCCUCCAUGCUGGACAUCGUCUGCACUCCCACGCCCUUCAUCGUGGGCCUCCUCUCCAGCUCGCUGCCUCGCCUCAAGGAGCUGCCCAUCGAAGAGGUUCUGGUGGUGGACCUCGGGAACAGCCGCUUCCUCAGACAGCUGGACGACGAGGACUCUAUUCUGCCGCACAAACUGCAGGCGGCGCUAGAGCACGUGCUGGACAAGAGGAAGGAGCUGGCCUGUGACAGAGCAGAGCUGCCCCAUGACUGCUGCUCCCUCAGCACCGUCGUGUCCGAGGCCUUUGUGCGCUUCUUCGUGGAGAUGGUCGGCCACUACUCGCUCUUCAUGUGCGGCUCAGACCGAGACGACGAGUCGACACUCGGCUCCCCGACGUCCCCGCUCCCCAGCUCCUCCUCCUCCUUCGGCCGUGAAGCCUUCCGUAAAGCCGUGACCUCCAAGAGUCUGAGGAGGUUCCUGGAGGUCUUCAUGGAGACGCAGAUGUUCACCGGCUUCAUCCAGGAGAGGGAGCUGCGGAGACAGGGUCUCCGAGGUCUGUUUGAGAUUCGGGCACAAGAAUAUCUGGACUCACUUCCUGGCAGUGAACAGCGAGGAGUCAACAAGUUCCUCAAAGGCCUCGGGAACAAAAUGAAGUUCCUGUCCAAGAAGUGAUUCUUGAGAAGAGACCCUUGAUCGCUGAGACAUGCAGACAGACAUGAAGACCCGCUGGAGGGACCAAACCUGACGAUUUAGGCUGCUUCAUUCAAGACUGCAGCGUCCCAUCUGGGUCCAACAGGUCUGCAGUUCAAACUGGAAGAGGAUUCCUGGUGAAACGGUUUUGAUUGGUCGGUUAGAAAGUGGGCGGCGACUCACCAAGUCAGCUGUGGGUGGGAUUUAAGCAGGUGAAAGGUCAUUUACGGAGAGAAUCGUGACUCAUAUCAGUCAUACAGUCAAUAAAGUUCUUGCAGGACCAAUGCCUCAAACUGACUCUCACGAAACAUUCCAUCAUCUGGACAACAAGAACACGUUCUUCUUCAUCUUCAGCAGGAGGCUUUUUAAUUUAUAGUCUUUUUUUCUAGACAAAGGUAAUCCAGAAAACGCUCCUGUAGUUUGUGUGUCAUUAUUUAACGGUAGCGGCGCGUCGGGGGAACUACCACUCUGUUGACCUAAGUUAAUGAACUCGCAGGUGAAGAGAGACUGCAAUGUGAAAACACCACUGAGGACGCAAGGUUCUACUGUAGUCUUGAAUAAUAAAGUGU